CUUCCGGGUCCCCGCCCCGGACCCUCCCGGACGGCGGCGUUGAAAAGGGGAAGCCGCCGAUCCGCCCCUUCCCCCCCGGGACCUCCGAGACCCCCCCGGGACCACCGGAGUCGGUCACGCCCCCCGAUCUGGCCACGCCCCCUAUUUCCCAGGAUCGUGAUUGGCCGUGGAGGACAUGGAUGGGGCGGAGCCAGCCAAUGGGGAAGCGGCGGUUAACCGAGCAGCCAAUGAGAGUGGAGACGCUGUAGAAGCAGCGGCCAAUGAGCAGCGAGCAGCUGGAGGUUCCUCCAAUAGGGAUGGAGGGAGCCUGGGGACGGCCAAUGAGGAGCUCGGGCCGGCUGGUGCAACAUCCAAUGGGAAUCUGCCGCUUCAGGGCUCGUCCAAUGAGGGGAAGGGGAGCCCUGGCUCAUCCAAUGAGCAGCCAGCCCUGGGGGACUCGGCCAAUGAGGACGGAGGAGGUCAGCAUGGCCCGGCCAAUGAGGAGGCAGAGCCACAGGACCUGACCAAUGAGGCCAAAGGGCCACAGGAGCCAGCCAAUGAGGGCGCAGAACACAAAGCCUCAGCCAAUGAGGUUGCAGCAGCAGCACAAGCCCCGCGCAACAACGAUGCAGCAGCACACGGGCCAGCCAAUGAGGAGGCAGCACCUGGAGCCGCAGCCAAUGAGGACAGCGCCCUCCCGUCACCGACCAAUGGCAGGGCAGAACCCAGGGAUCCACCCAGCGCCUGCCCCGCCCCCUCCGACCCUCCCUCCAGUCAGCACGCGGCCCCGCCGGAUCCAGCCAAUGGGCUGCAAGCCCUCCCUGCCCCGCCCACCAGGACCAGAGACCCCUGGGAUUGGUCGCUGGAGGAGGCGUGGCUUCGCGCGCCGGAGGGGGAGUGGCUUGAGGAGUUUGGGGAGGGGCCUGAGGGCCCCGACGGCGCCAUCUCCAAGCGGAUCCUGCGCCGGGGCCGCGGCCUCUCCCGGCCCGGCCCCGGCUCCCUGUGCCGCGUCCUCCUGACCCCCGCGGGGGUCCCCGCGGGCUGGGGGGGCCCCCCCUGCCCCUCGUCGGGCGCGGGGCGCUGGCAGACCCUGCGGGUGGGCGCGGGCGAGGGCGGCUGGGCGGCGGCGCUGGACGCGGCGCUGGAGACGAUGGCGCGGGGCGAGCGGGCGCGGCUGCGGCCGGCGGGGGCCGGGGCGGCGCUGGGGGUGCGCCUGGGGGGCUUCACCCCCCCGCCGCCCUUCUGGGAGAGCCCCCCGGGGCGGCGGCGGCGGGCGGCGGCGGCCCUGGCGUCGCGGGCGGCCUCCCUGCUGGCCGGGGGCUCGGCGUGGCCGGCGGCGGCCGCGGCCCGGGCCGAGCUGCACGCCGGGCUGGCGCUGUGCCAGCUGCGCCUGGGCCUGCCCGCCCCCGCCGCCGCCAACGCCGGCAAGGCCCUGGCGCUCCGGCCCCACCACCUGGAGGCCCGGUUCCGCCGCGCCGUGGCCGCCGCCGCCAUGGCCGACCUGGAGGCCGCCAUGGCCGACCUGGCCGACGUGCUGAGGGCCCAGCCCGGGCACGCGGGCGCCCGCCGGGAGCUGCGCAGGGUCAGGGGGGCCGCGCGCGAGAGGGACGCCCGCCUGGCCAGGAGGCUCGGCAGGCUCUUCGCAUGA